ACCACGGACACCUGUUAUUUUGACGUCCUCGGGUCCUGGCAGGAGGGUGUGUUUACGUUGACGUCACAGCAGUUUGCCGAAAGGAUCAAUCUCUGGUACAUCAGCAUCAUGUUCCAUGGGAUACCAGUGACAGGAGGUGUGGGGGCAGCUCCGGCCAACAAGCCUGAGUUAUAUGAGGAGGUGAAAUUAUACAAGAAUGCAAGAGAACGAGAGAAGUAUGAUAACAUGGCAGAGUUGUUUGCUGUCGUCAAGACUCUUCAGGCCCUGGAGAAGGCUUACAUCAAAGACUGCGUCACACCUAAUGAAUACACUGCUUCCUGUUCAAGACUGUUGGUUCAGUAUAAGGCUGCUUUCAAACAGGUGCAGGGCUCUGACGUGGGCUCCAUUGAUGAUUUCUGUAGGAAGUAUAGACUCGACUGUCCACUAGCGAUGGAAAGGAUCAAGGAGGAUCGGCCAAUCACCAUCAAGGAUGACAAGGGCAACCUGAACCGCUGCAUUGCAGAUAUAGUUUCUCUCUUCAUUACUGUGAUGGACAAGCUGAGACUGGAGAUCAGGGCCAUGGAUGAGAUCCAGCCAGACCUGAGGGAACUGAUGGAAACCAUGAACAGAAUGAGCAACAUGCCUCCAGACUCAGAGGCUAAGGACAAAGUCAGCCUCUGGUUGACCACCCUCAGCAGCAUGUCAGCCUCAGAUGAGCUGGACGAUAAUCAGGUGCGCCAGAUGCUGUUUGAUCUGGAGUCGGCCUACAACGCCUUCAACCGCUUCCUCCACUCCUCCUAAAGCAUCUGUCCCUCACUGUUUCAUCUGUCUGAUAUUCUGACUCUAAUAUCUAUUAAGUUAAAAAAAAAGCUCUACAUUCUCCUUCUGGCUGUUGGUAGAGAUUGGAUUAUACCUGGACAGGUUUUCUGUCUCAUACACCCCCAGGUCUUUCAUGUCUUUUGUUUCCUGUUUCCUUUAUUCAUGUGGUGUACUAUACAAACUUCACCGCCGUGUGUACUCCACUGUCUGGUACAUCAUGCUGCCUGCAGCCUCGCCCACCAGGCUCCAUUGGCCUCUUUUUGAGCCUAACUUGUGUGAUAAACUCUUUAAUGUUGGCUGUUUCUUCUGCCCUCUACAAAACAGUUUACUUCUAACUUUGUACUGUAAAAUCAAAAAGGUCUAAUUUUAUACUUAAGUUUUGCAGAGCACCAACAAAGAAGCAUGAUACAGUUAUAUUGGACAAAGUCUGCACAUGAAGAAAAGGUUACAACAGCCAAAGCCUUUGUAUUAUUGGGAAGAUAUGUAUUUUUUCUUUUUGGUACCCUAAUUCUAUCCACUACUUGCCACUUGGGGGCAGAUUAGCAUUUCCUUUCCAUACACCAUGUUUGUUUUUCUAUCACACAGAAUGCAGAAUCUUGAAAUAGUUUUUGUCGCUGGAGUAAAAGACGCCGACACGCUGUCAGUAAAUGGAAAAUAAAUGCAGCUGUUCGACUUCAAGAUUAAACUGCACUUCAGAUUAAUCAUUUUAUUGAAACUAUGGUGGAAGGAAUUAUUCAUGUACAUUUUGUAGCCCUCUUUUCUGUUAACACGCUUAAUCCAUAUUUCCUGUAGAAGUGAGGGUUUGGCCACAUGAAGUGGGUAAAAGUGAGGUGGACAUGCCCCCUCCUUAUUUUGCUUGCUAAAUAUGUUUCAGCCCUCAAACACCAUUAGGGAGAACAUAUUUAUUAAGAUUUAUCAUUUGUAAAUAAUAGUUUUGAUUUUUAUUAAAUAAGAGCAUGUAACACCUUUUUAGAAAUAAAAAUGAAAAAUCUACCUCCAACUUCAUUUGUGCCAUGUGUGAAUCAGAUCAAAUGUGUUUUGUUGUUGCGUUAUCUAAAACCGUUUAACUUCUCAUGUGACAUGUUAGGAAAUAUAAUAGAACAAGCAAGUGACAGGGUGUAAGGAUAUGUUACUGGCAAAAUACAACUUGUCGCACUGUUUAUUCUUUCAGAGAGUUAUUAAUUUUGACUAAUUAUUGUUUUGAUUGCCUUUUGUAUGCAUUUGUGUUGGUGUUUUCUUAUCAGCUAAAUUGUUUACUUGCUAAAGCAGCAGCCUGAUGAUUCAUUUCCAGAUUAACCUGUUUUGCUGCCUAAGGGCAAAAUGUUUGCUGGUAGGCUUUAUUUAUCACCCAUGCACACUCCCGCUGUGCUUAUUCUAUACAAGAGUUUGGAGAAUACAGACAUGUUCUAACCAUUUUUUCUCUCUGAAGAUUCCUACAACUGUAUUGGUGUAAAAUGAACAACUUUGGUUUAAUGUAGUUUAAGUAAGAAGAGUUUUCUGAUUUAAAUGAGGAAAUGUGGUCAAGAAAUGAGUAAACAAGAAAAAGAAUGACCCAAGAUUCAAUUCCAUCUUUUGAUUUUUAGUGUUCAAUGCCUAGCCCUAACCACCCACAGCAUUUGUGUGUUAAUUAUUAAUUAAACUUUAGAGAGGAAUAUGCACCAUAUGAGUAAGAAAUAAAAAUAAGAAAGGUCA